UCUAUCCGUCAUCUGUUGUGUUGGUGUGUCUAUAUUUUUUUGAGAAAUUUGAAAAUAAUUUUCAUUUAAGCAAAAACUCCUAAUUGAAUACAAGAUAAUUUUGUGCCAACGUGUCAUUAAGUUCAAAAGACUCAAGCAAUACCUCGCGAUGUCUACAUUCCAUAGACCAAAAGUUUAUAGAUCCACUAGAGGAUGUUGCAUUUGCAAAGCCAAGUCGAGCAGUUCCAGAUUUACCGACAGUAAGAAAUAUGAAGAGGAAUUCCUGGAGUGUUUCAAGCUGUCAACUCCAAGACAAGGCGAAAUAUGUAAUGCAUGUGUAUUAUUGGUAAAACGAUGGAAGAAACUACCGGCUGGGUCAGAUAGGCAUUGGCAACAUGUUGUAGAUGCUAGGGCCGGGCCUGGCAUGAAAUCGAUGAGCAAAUUCAAACUCAAGAAACGGGCUAUGAAGGAACUGAAAAAUAGUAAGGCUCAGAAAAAGUUUGAGAAAGAGAGCAGUCCGCAACUGUCCGAAAAGAGCGAAGGAAACGAAGAGAUGGAACUGGGCGAGGUGGAUUUCCUGUCUGAGGACCUACGGAGCAGGGAAUCUAGUCGGACCGCCAGUCCUGGUGCAAGCGAUUUCGAAGAAGUUGUCGAAAGGAGUAGAAGGUUCAAGAGUCAAGCCAGGCAUAGGGAUGAAAUUUCUAGAGUCAGUGAUUUUGUAGAUACAGACUAUUGGAAGAAAGAGACUAUUUGCUGUGGUGUCAUCUUCAGAGGUUUGUAUAACGAAGUCAUGAUCGAUCCGAGCUAUAUCAAGCCUUGCAGUAGCCGACUCGCCAGUUGUAAGUUGCAAUCCAACGGCAACAAGUCUCUCAAAGGAAGUGCCGAUAAUACAACUUCUAAAAUGGACAGCGAUAGUAGUUCGGAUUCGGGUUACGACGAAUCUUCCAAUUCGGGAAUGUCAGCGGACAAUGCUUUUAAAAAGGACCAUGUUGGUUUCGAAGAGAUCAACAGCCGGAUUCCAGCGGUUAAUUAAUGUUCGGUACUUUUUAGAUUGUUUUUAAUUUAUUGCUGAAUAGAAUUUCAUUGUUAUAUUUGUAACAAAUGUAUACUUUGAUAUGCAGAUAUAUUUUAUUAGAUUUUAAUUUGUAGCAAGCAGAGUUGCAGACUUUUUGAGGCGUGGAAAUUAUUGUUGAGGAUAUUCUUUGGGAUGGAACGAUUUGUGAACGAAGUUUUUGGAAUUUUUUUUUGAAAUUUAUCAAAUGAGAAGGUAUAAUCUCUUUAAUCCAUGCCAGGCUAACUUUGAAAAACUGGUUUCCAAUAAGUAGUGAACAUUUUUAAUUAGGUAAUAGCUAUGAACAAUAUUUGAAAAUCUCUUUGGGAGUCCAUUGUAUUCAGUUCUUCAAAGACGCCAGCGAUUAUAGGAAACUCCUUUGAAAUCUUUCCAUCCAUCAGUUUUUUCAGAUUCGAAAUGUAUCUAUGUUUUUUUGGCUCUUAACAUAUUUAUCCGUUCAUAUUUAUUUAUAUAAACAGUACAAAUGAUAACACAUGAAAAAUGACCAAUUAGGUGCAAUGCAAAGGUACACCCGAUCUCAAAACUAAUCAGUUUGGCACUGAAAUAUUUGCAAUAUCGUAUAUAUAAGAGUGAUAAGAAUAAUCUGAAACAAAAAGCAAUCGUAAAUGAUAUUCAAGUGAGGCCGAAUACUUUUUUAGGGAUACAGUUGUUGAAUGAGAUUUCGGUGUUAGUUACUUGACUAAUUAAGACUGAGGGAGAUAAGUAGUUCUGUUUUGAAACGUUAAUUUUCGUUUCUUAAGUGCCACAUUUCAUCUGAAACUUGACAUCAUACUUUCAAGCUUGUUGCGAGUGGUAGGAACUGUUACAGAAGUUACAUUAUCUAACUACUAAAAGAAACAUUAUUUAAUGAUAAUAGUGUUUCAUGUACUGUAUUGUGUAGCAAACCUGUGAAUGAUA